CGGAGGCUGCCCUACGAGUGGAUCCCUCGCUAACCACAAUGCUCUGUGGGUCAUACCGAAGGGGCAAGGUUACGUGCGGUGAUGUGGAUGUGGUUGUCAUCAAACCGGACAGACUGAAUUCAAAAAAUAUCCUUACAUCAAUUUUGGCCAAGCUGAAAGAAUCAGGUUUUAUAACGGAUGAUCUGGUGAGCCUGGAAAAGAGCGGAAACCAGAGAAAAUAUCUUGGAGUCUGCAAGUUGCCUGGGGAUAACAGAAUACAUCGCCGCCUGGAUAUAUUUGUGGUGCCUGAAUCAGAGUCGGCAUGUGCCAUCAUGCACUACACUGGGUCUGCGCUGUUCAACCGUUCCAUCCGGCAGCUCGCUGCCAAGAGAGAUAUGCACUUGUCUGAACACAGACUAGAGGCAGGAGUUAUUCGACAGGGCUCAGAAAUACAAAACAAAGGACGUGUUUUACCGACACCAACAGAGGCAUCCAUCUUCGAACAUCUGAACUUGGAAUACCGCCCUCCAGAAGAAAGGGACCAUUAGUUUUAAUUUAGAAGACUAUUUACAUAAAUCAUUAAUUUGUGUUAAGAACAUUUUUAUUUAUUUGUGUAUAACCUUUUAAUAUCAAAUAUAUUUUCUGACUCCCUUAUUGGUAUUAUACUAUGCAAUAUAUUAUGUUAUAAUCCGAGAUUAUCUACUUUAAUUUUUAAAAUCUUUUAUAGAGUACAACAUUUUGUUCAUGUGUAUAUCACCUAUUGCAUGUAUGGCUGUGUUCAUAAGUUUGAAAAAAAUUCUGUUAGACUAUUUUUAUGUACUGUAUAUAUAAAAUUUUUUUUAAAUUUUGUUACCAUAAUGCAUGAUUAAAUGGUACGAUACUGCAAAUAACAGUGUGAUAAAAUGCAUUUACCACUUUAAAAUGUUAUCAGUGGAAGUUGGAAAUAUUAAAUAAUAGCAUGAUUUUUAACCUGCAAGCUAUUAUACUAUUUAAAGAAUUGUUUAUAAGAUUAUUUUAUUUUAUACAUCACGGUAUAUUUUCUGUCAAAAUUGAUUUUAAACUAAGGAUUUAUUUGUUAUGAAAAUAGUUUUUUAUUGUUUACAGGUUAUACUAAGUUGUAUUACAAUUUUAUUAGAUUAAUAUAUAUUUCUUUAAAACAAUGUCGAGAUAUUUUUCUUAUUCCUUCUUCCUAGAAAACGUUGAAAAAUAAUGUAAUUUGGACACAAGAACCUUCACGUGGUUGUUUCUGUUAUUUAUCACUAGUCUCACACUAUCCUACCAUUUUAAUUAUUAACUAAAAGUUAAUAAUAACUUUAAAUUUACUUUAUUAGUCCUAUAAACAGAGAUGAUAAACUAACACAGUGAGGCAUACAGCAAUACAUUGAACUUUGUUGAGCUCGCCCAAACAUGCAUUAUACAUUAUGUUAUGAGCCAAACAUGUCACAGUUGAGAGUUUGUUUAUAAAAAGUACUGGCUUUGUUGAAAAAGUACUGUUGGAAUUGAGGAGUAUUAGGGUUGGGACUAAGUAAAUUAAUACAAAUCUAUUCCUAUUGGAUUACUAUUUUUGUUUUCCUUUCAAUUUCUAACAUUGAAAUUACAUUAAAUGUACAGUUUAAUUUAACGCUAAAAUUAUAACAAAAAUAUAUCCUUAUAUACGUAAUAAAAAAAUAGGUUACCCACUUUGUAUCACAUAUUUUUAAUACGUUUUCAUUGUGGGAAAAUUCCUUCAAACAAAAUCAGUAAUAUUUUGCGUGGCUAAUGAAAUAAACCACGUAAAAUAAAUAUUAAAAGACCAUUAAAAAAAUCGCACUUAAAAGGGAUCGACUUCACACAAUGAGUGGAACAAAAUAUACAAGAAUUGCAGUGGUUAUGAAAUAAAUAAUGUUGGCUAUAAAUAGAAUUAGACUCAUUGUGAUAUUAUAUAGACUAGAGAAUGUAUAAAGAAUAUUUUUUUUAUUAACCUACUCCCUUAUUCGAUUAAGUUUGAGUCCCACAGGUGGUAAAGAGACAUCCGUAACAUCAACACAAUAUUUAUUAAUAAAUAUUAUAGCUCUUUGUAUUCUUUUUGGUUUUAGUUUGAUUUGUUAAUCUUAUA